UAGAAGCUUCCGCACGCAAGUUUUUUUUUGAUUUUCAUAAGAUAACCGGUCCAUGAUCUAUUGUUGUCGAUGUUGCGAUCAAUCGUCCGAAUCUCAAAAACGUUGUCCACUUCUAAUCGAUUGGCAUUGUAUGUUUAGUUAUGUCUUGCCACCAAGUUCUAGUUCCUAAUCUCUUGUAGCUUGUACUAGUUCCUCAUCUUGCGUAAGACACAAAAAAUGGAAAUCGAUGAGGGACCGCAAUGCAACCCGUUCUUGGACGAUGGCAUAGUAGUCCUCUCAGAUUCGGACGAUAGCGGUGAGGCCAUCGAAGACACCCUGCUUGCCAGGCAAGAAAGAGGAAAUCAAGACGGGCAUGCACGUGGGGCUUCGCAUGAAAGGAAUGACGAAGCAGUGGAGGAGGAACAAGUGGAAUCUUCACCUUCCCGCGACAACGUGGAGGAACCUGAUGAAGAAGGCGUUCAUGGCAAUGCAGAAGGGGAGCAAUCGCCAUCAUCUUCCCGUGGUCAAGGGGAUACAUCACUAUCAGUGAUCGACGAAAGCGUUUCAGACGAGAAGUUUUGUAGUGUAGGUCCUUUGCGUUUCAGAAAAGAAGAUGAAGAUGGAGUCACUACAUCGUCAGGAGUAAUCAUUGGCGCUUCUAGUAGUAGCAGCAGCAGUAGUCGGCAUUGCGAACAGAAGACAAGUAGCAGCUGCACUUCUAGUAGCUGCAGUGCGGUUGUCGGCGAUGAUAAAUAUCAUGAGGUGCUGCAAAAUACAACUAGUGCAGAGGCCGCGGAAAUAGACAAGGAGACCGAAAACAUCUUCAAAAAGGAUAAUGACUGUAUUACGAGUUAUGAUUCUAGUGCUGCAGCACUACCGUUUGGUGCUGGUGGCGAUAGUCAGGACCGUAGGUUGCCUGAUCCUGGCAAAGAGGAGAACGGCCUUGCAGAGGCGAACAUGGAAAAUGUUUCUGAAGAAGUUGCUUCUUCUCCUGUGAAGAACAACAAGAGGAGUACCAGUAGUGGCUCAGCUUCUGCGAGGAAGAAGAAAAGUGCUAGAACUUCGUAUGAAAAUUGUUCGAGUGAAGAUGCGACAAGUGGACAACAAACUUGUUCUACACCCGAACAAAACACUUCGUCACGGGAAAAACAAGGUGCAGAAGUGUCGUUUUGUGAUGUUGUAAACGAGCCUGGACCUCCAGGUGAUGCUAGAAGUUCUUGUGAGUUACGCAACAGCACGAAGGGGGGCUGCUCUUCUAGUACACCGGCUAAUAACAAGAGCAAUGUUCUUAGACCUGAACAUCAAGAUGCUGACCAUGCGGCGCAGGCGAAGGAGAUAGUUCUUCAAUCACCUCAUGAAGAAAGUAAUGAUAUCAAACAUCAGGACACGAGAUGUAUGGACAACAAUACUAGUAGCGAGUUUCACUCAUCUACAAAACCUAUGAUUCCGUUUGUAAGUCCUUCCUCCUCUUCUGCAAGCCCUAGAAAUCCUGUAACUGACGAAACGCUUCAUGAACUAGACGUCGCAUUGCAGAAACUCUUCGCGCCUGCCAGGUGGAUGGACUCCAACGAGCAUAAAUGUACGCGCAAUCUCAAAGCUAUUGCAAAGUCCUUUUUCCAGGCCAGAACCGCAGGAAGCAAUACCGAUAGGAACUGCAUUGCGCAAUCUUCAUUUGACUCCGGCCACAACAAUAUUGAACUUUCUGAGAGAACUACCAACCAUGAUAGAAGAACAACUGGACAACUAGAUCGCAUGCUUCUUCCUCUCACGCGUGCUUGCGCAGCCAUGCCUCUCUGCGAUAUAACGGAGAGCGAAAGUUUGUUUGAUCUCUUAAAGCCACCAGCGAAGGCGAAAAAUGCGUCACCACAUAAUCCUUUUGAGGAUUUGCAAACUGGUGCCGUUGCAGAUGGCAAAGAUUUAUGACGGCACAGAUUAAGCUGUUGAAGGUGAUCUACUUGAUGCAACAAAAUCAAAUGUCAAGUAGAUCAAAUUUAUUAUGAUAUCAUGCUUUUCAUCUGAUUAGAACAACUUCUACAGAAGUUCUGUCUUUGAAGAUAUAGCAAAGACCCCGCACAUCACGACUUUCAUAUCUCGCGCAUGUGCCAACGACACUUCGGCGGAACCCUCUCGUUCAAAGAAACAUGAAACGGGGUCGAGCAAUGAUGUCCUUGAAAGAUUACAUGACCAUGGCGUCGUCUCGAGGAGAUGAGAAUAGUUCUUGUUCUAGUGCUCCUGGUUCGCCUGUGUCAUCUCCUGAUGUCUCACGUGUUGCAGUCGAAAGAACUGAGAAAGCAAAAAUGUUAGAAAUUCUUGAGGUCGUCGUGGGUGACGAUGAAAACUCUUCAGUGAAGGUGGGGGAUGGGGAAGUAUCCAAAUCUCCUGUUACCUCCACGACUAUGAUGCAACGAGCAGCUGCAAAACUACAAUCACGUCCGCAUCCAUUAGCAGGCAUUGUAGGAGACGAGGCGAAAUUAAAGUUGAACGCUGCUACUUGUACUUCCACGACGCAUGUUCUUCUGAUUGGGAAGGAGUACGUUUAUACGAUAGCAGAACAAGAAGAACAUGCUGAUGUUCAUCUUGCAAGUACGAGCGCACCAGUGCCAGACAACGACAUUCCGAGAUCACGGGAAUUAGUCGAUAUUCGCUCUCGCAGUACUCUCGCGGCAAAAGACUUAAGACGGGCUGAUGAAGUUUGAAUCUUUUCAGUUCUUUACCGUUUCACUACGCGCAUGGGCUUCUUGUGUAAUUUCUGAAUUAAGUACUUUUUACCAAGAUCCGUCGUUCCUGCUUAGUAUCUGGCUCUAAGAAUUGGUGACUUUGAGGCUUUGAAGCAAUAUUUUGCUGACGUUUACGCGUUGAAGGCUCCUCAGAGUGGUGGAGUGGAUGAUGCAACUACAUCUUUUUUGGAAAUGACACGAUCGCAGUGGCGCACACAUGAGCCAUUUUAUCGCAUAAGGGUACAGUUGUGCGAAGCAAAAAACGCCGACUCUGAAAACUGCGCACAAACAGACUCAUCCGCGGAUAAGCAAGUAGAACAAAAAAUUGAGAAUUCUGCAACUCCUUAUCCUUCACAAGACAGCAGCCUCAGAGAUAUUGAACUUCGAGCUCACGACCUCUUUUCACUUGAAGUAAACGCCUACGUUUUCAGACACGUUGAGCGGCUGGCGGAUGUCAUAGGACGGCUUCAUUCCGAGUAUGCCGAUUAUUUAGGGGUAGGCUAAAGGUGCUUUUCUUACCGUUUGUUAUGGCUCUCCUAAGGGGGACAGCCAUAACAAGCGGGAUAGACGAACGCCAAAAGCCUACGUCUAAACUAUCUUUCUGGCAUAGUAGCACAGGCGCACUCGAAAUGCCGAUCGGCUUUGCAAAGCGGCUUAGACGACAUCCAUGUCUAUUUGAUGCCGGUGGUGAUUAUGACUUGUGAAUGUUGUUGUUCUUUAAUUUAGUUCCUUGGGUGCUCUUCCUGUACGAUGCGUACUAGAGUAAUCCCUUCCCUAAACAUACUUUCUUGGAUGUAUUGUUGUCGUUUGAUUUUUUUGAGGAGCUCGCGCUCGGAUGCUUUAGGUUAAGAGACUCGUCUAGAAAUCUGAUAUUUACCUAUGAUGUUAAUGUUGCUGGUCCUCCAACACGCCACAAAAGUCUCAAGUGGUUGAUGUGAGCAGACGCUAGUAUAAGUAGUUCAAUUCUAAUCCAUGGUGGAUUCCAGAAAUGAUCUAUCUCCUGCACCGGAGUACCCAACCGGAGGUACUAUUGUCGUGUGAUCUUCCACAUCAGUGCGGCCAUCGGAGUACCCAACCGGAGGUACUAUUGUCGUGUGAUUUUCCACAUCAUGCACGUUCGAAAAAAGUUUUAGCGGACGCCUUCAAACUUUUAGCGCCACUGCUGUUUGGCCAGGCACAUCGAAUUCCCGCUCUCCAAGCUCGACGGAACCGUGAGGCCUAUGCUUUGCGACUUCAGAAAGAAGCAGCUGCAUCCUCGUCAAGAACCACGGCUAUAAUAGAUUUAAGCGUAGGUUAAAGGUGCUUUUCUUACCGCUUUUUAUGCCUCUCUCCCUUAGGAUGAGAAAGGCAUAACAAGCGGGGUAAGCGAGCACCAAAAACCUACCUCUAAUAGAUGCUAGUGAAGAAGAGGGAGGGCGUAAGGAUAAGAUGGCGCUGGAAGAUUGUCACCAUGUACUUACUGUGGUUGAUGCGUCCACACCUUCGAAGGGUCCUCCUGGAAAAUCGAAAAAAAUGUCGACUCCAUGUAAACGAAUACCAACGAAGAAGGGUGUUGUAAUGGAGUCGAAGAAGAAAGGAGCAGGCAGAAAAAAAGUUAGUAAACCUUUAAAGAAGAGCAAGAGCUCAAGAAAGGUCAAAAAAAAUCAACAACAGAAGACAGGAGCCAUUGAUGUAGGAGACGGGGACAAAAAUCAACUGGUUUCGUCAAGCCGAGGAAGCGAAGACACCACAACUACCCUGUGCAAAAGACCAGAUGGGCAGUUAGAUGCUGGGUCGGAACGCGGACUCAUCAAAGGACAAGAGCCUGACGAAGGUUUUAGCCAUGUAUUGCCUCCAGUGCAAUGUCAGGUCGUGGAAGCUGUCGCGCAGGUCUUCGCGAUGGAGAAAUUUGAUUUCUUUCACAAUCUUCGCCAAGCAAAAAAUGUUGAUGAGGCCAAAAUAACUACUCCCCACAAGAGCAGGAAUGUCACGACUCCUACUAGACCCAACAAGCCCGCUCAGAAAGUAGAAGAGGCAACUCCCUCUGCAUCUUCUUCCGCACACACCAAGGCAAAGAUACUGGCAAAGCAAGCAAAAGAGUUACACAAGGCACAAGAAGAAGAAACAUCUUCUGCUAGUGCAACAUCUUCUAAAAACUCCACCAUUCCUACACGAUCCACAAUAGCGUUUUCGGAUGCAGAUUGCGAAUCAUUGAAGUCUAAGAUUCGUCCACAUGUAGUUCAGUGUGCGCACUGUCACCCAGACUUUGGCAUCCACACCGUUUGCGAAGAAGCGGGAGCGGUCUAUUGGCGUGUGCUGUUAUGUAUUUAUAUGUUUAUUCUCCACAACCUAGCUUCCCCCAUAGUGGUCCACCUUGUUGGACAAAGACAACAUUUCUGCUCUUCUAAUUAGAAGGUGCAGGGAGAUUGAAAGGCCCCAAGAACCACGUUAGUUAGGCGAGGUAUCAUGACAUGACAUUCCUUGAGUCCUCGUCGUUUUCGAUAUUGUGUAGUUGUGCGUUGUUCGUUGUUACAUUUUUCCUGUGCUCUGGAGGUGAGUAUUUCGUAUUCGUUGAAAGUCUACAUUUGCCAUUUCUUCUCCCUUUAUCAACUUGAUAACAUUCUUUUUUUCAUGUCUGCCUGUACGACUGAUGCGGAGAUGCAACACAGCGAUGGAGGUGGCAGAUUGCGUCGAGACGGAGGUGGGGUCGAAUCAAAUAUCCGUGGCCGCGACAAAAGAGAGCAAAAAAACAACGAGCAACAAAAGAUCUCCAACAUCUUCGAAGACUCAAGGUGCUCCUUCCUCUUCUAACACUACAAAGACUUCUACGUCGAAAAAGAAUGCUUCUGCCGCUUCCCCACGACCUGUUGAUACACCAGAUGAAAGAGAAGGACCACGUCUUUCUCGUGGAGGCACAAGGACAUCAGAGAAAGGUGGGGCACCGAAAGCAGAGCCCUUCGAAAUGCUCUACGACCCAGAGGAGACUGAACUGCUCAAGCAAAGGAAACGCCGGGAAGCCCUGAUAGCUUGGGAUAAUGCCAAUCAAGGGGGCGGAUUUUUCACCGCUGACGACCAAGAAGACGACUUAAUCGCGGAUGAGAUAUUAUGUUGAUGGAACAAAUGUGUGUGUGUGACAUAAGCAUUUAAGGUUAAAAAGUCGAGAGAGGGAUAUUAUACGUUUUGUCGCGUUGUUCUCACUUUUUGAGGGAGUUAACAGCAGUGCCUUAGCUGAUAGAUUUUAUUUCUCUUAUCUACUUGCUUCGUUUUCAUCUUCUUCCGCAUCUUGCCUGGAGGACCACGGCUCCUCUAUCUGAAGUUGUAAUCACUUCUAACAUCAGAUGAUUCCGUCCCCUUCUCCCUGUUCGCUCUAGAUUUCAAGGAGCCAGACUGCGUCGGUGGGGGUGGUGGAUGUGGAAAUGCCUAUCCAGCAAACCCAAAUGAUUUUUUCGGGAAAGCAGAUUACGCGGAACGCCUCCAACUCGACAGUACGGAGUGGCGGAAAUUUUUGCAGACAGACUGCCCACCUUUGUUGGAGGUACAACAAUUGUUAUGGAAAAUUUUCAAUUGUUGACACUACUGCAUUGAUAGAUCUUCGUCUAUUAUCUGAACACCUAUGAAUCUGAUCGUCGUUCCAUUUAGGCUACAUAAAUCGCCAUCAUCUUCUUUGUUGUUUCAAUUUCUCAUCUGUCUACACCGAUCAUAUCUUCAUUAAUACGAUCCUCUAUGCCAAACUCUAAUCCCCGCUGACCGGAACGCUGCUCGUAUCUCUGCGCAAAUUCUGGCGGGUAUGCCGGAUACUGCGGAGAAACAAUCGCUGGCUGCGAUCAUGGCUGCAGACGUGCCAUCGGACUGUGACUUAUCUGAUUUCGAACAGGAAGAUGAUUGUAAACGCAGAUAAGAUUCUCUCUAUAGCGGAUAUGAAGAGUUGCGCAAUUAGAUUGGAGGACCACCUGUAAGAACACAAAGCAAACUUAAUGAAAAGCAGGAAGCCAACGUUUUGCUUUGUACAAGUAGCCGCCACGAAGCGACAUAAGGUAGAGACAGCACAUCACACAAGUCGAGCACAAAAAAGAAGCACACGUCUGACUUUCUUAUAUCUAACACAAAGCAUACGUAACUGGACUAUCAUUAGCACAAAGCACACACAAAUUUUGCUUAGCACAAAGGACGCGCCAGGGACUUAUCAGUAGCGCACACGCAGGAAUUCUUUCUAGCACAAAGCAUUUAGAAGCUCAAACGUUAGCUCAGACGAAGCACACGCAAAGCACAAAACGCAACAAGAGACGGUUUGUAGGCCUAGAUGAUGAAGGUCUUUGAUUUAAUAA